UAUAUGAAUUUUUCAAAUUUAAUCUAUGUUCAGAAAAUGAGUAGCUUGGUUGACAGGCUUCGUGUAAGAUCUGAUCGAAAGCAAUUUAAUACUCAAGAUGAGUCAGACGAUGAUGCUGAUUUAAUGCCCAGAAAAAGUCAGACAACUCUGGAAAAGUUUGAGAGGAUUGUAAGAAGCGAUGCAAAAAAGGAUUCAUGCCAAGCUUGUGGAAAGAGCGGAAAUCUUAGGAGCUGUAAAACAUGCACUUAUUCGUUCCACACCGAGUGUUUACUGUCACCACUUAAAAGCUCCCGUCUUGACAACUGGAUGUGCCCUGAAUGUGUUAGCCCACUUAAUGAUAUUGAUAAGAUAUUAGAUUGUGAGAUGCGUCCCACUGUUGCCGGCGAAAGUGAUGCCGAAAAUUUGAGGUCCAAACAAAGUUUGACGAAACAAUAUCUUGUGAAGUGGAAAGGACUAUCGUAUAUGCAUUGCGGAUGGGUGCCAGAGGAAGAGUUUCUGAAGGUUUUCAGGAUUAAUCAACAUUUAAAGACCAAAGUAAACAACUUUCAUCGUAAAAUGGGACCAGUCAGAAAACCAGAUGAAGAUUUUGUUGCCAUUCGACCUGAAUGGACUACGGUUCACCGAAUACUUUCUUGCAGGGACCAUGGUGCUGAGAAGGAAUAUCUUGUGAAGUGGAAAGAGCUUCCUUAUGAUGAAUGCCAUUGGGAGCUUGAGUCAGAUAUCUCUUUGUUUCAGGCAGAAAUAGAGAGAUUCAAUAUAUUUCGUUCUAGGUCUAGGAAGAUUUCUUAUUGUAAGCAAAAAGGCAGUGUUAGUGAUGAUGCUGAAUUGAUAAAGCAGCAGAAAGAAUUUCAACAGUAUGAACAUAGCCCCGAAUUUCUUUCAGGGGGUACACUACAUCUGUAUCAACUUGAGGGAUUGAACUUCCUACGUUUCUCUUGGUCCAAGCAAACUCAUGUUAUACUUGCUGAUGAAAUGGGACUUGGAAAAACUAUACAAAGUAUUGCUUUCUUAGCAUCCCUUUUACAAGAGAAUGCUUCUCCACAUUUGGUGGUUGCUCCACUUUCUACACUACGAAACUGGGAGCGCGAAUUUGAAAGAUGGGCACCUCAAAUGAAUGUUGUUAUGUAUGUUGGAACUUCCCAAGCUCGUAGCACUAUUAGAGAAUAUGAAUUUUACUUUCUGAAGAAUCCGAAGAAGAGCAAGAAAAAGAAUUCUAAAAAAACAGUUACUACAAGAAAGUUGGAAAGCAUUAAAUUUGAUGUUCUUUUGACUUCAUAUGAGAUUAUAAUCCAAGAUACCGCAUCAUUGAAGCCGAUAAAGUGGGAGUGCAUGAUAGUCGAUGAAGGUCACCGUCUGAAAAACAAGGAUUCAAAAUUGUUUUCUUCACUGAAGCAAUACUCUAGCAGACAUCGUGUGCUUUUGACAGGAACUCCUCUUCAGAACAAUCUGGAUGAACUCUUUAUGCUUAUGCACUUCCUUGACGCUGGGAAGUUUGGAAGUUUAGAAGAGUUCCAAGAAGAAUUUAAGGAUAUCAAUCAAGAGCAACAGGUUUCGAGGCUUCAUACAUUGUUGGCCCCACAUCUCCUGCGAAGAUUGAAGAAGGAUGUUAUGACUGAACUACCUCCUAAAAAGGAGCUUAUUAUACGUGUUGAAUUGAGCAGCAAACAGAGAGAAUAUUAUAAGGCAAUUUUGACUCGUAAUUAUGACAUAUUAACUCGCCGUGGUGGAGCACAAAUUUCUCUUAACAAUGUUGUUAUGCAACUGCGUAAGCUAUGUUGUCAUCCUUACAUGUUGGAAGGAGUUGAGCCAGUUCUGCACAAAGAAACAGAAGCAUAUAAACAAAUGCUGGAAUCAUCAGGGAAGUUGCAAUUGUUGGACAAGCUGAUGAUGAAGCUUAAAGAGCAAGGGCAUAGAGUCCUUAUAUUUUCUCAAUUUCAGGGCAUUCUGAACAUGCUUGAAAGUUAUUGUGUUUACAAGCAUUGGCAGUAUGAAAGGAUAGAUGGAAAUGUUGAUGGAGAUGAACGACAAGUACGGAUAGACCGAUUUAAUGCUGAAGAUUCUUCAAGAUUUUGUUUUCUUCUUUCUACUAGAGCUGGUGGGUUGGGGAUAAACCUUGCAACGGCAGACACAGUUAUUAUAUAUGAUAGUGAUUGGAACCCUCAUGCUGAUCUACAGGCUAUGGCCAGAGCUCAUCGAGUUGGACAAACUAACAAGGUGUUGAUUUUUAGGCUUAUAACACGUGGAACAAUUGAAGAAAGGAUGAUGGAAAUAACUAAGAAGAAGAUGGUGUUAGAACACGUAGUCGUAGGCAGAAAGGCUCAAAACAUUAAACAGGAAGAGUUGGACGACAUCAUCAGGUAUGGCUCAAAGGAGUUAUUUGCUGAUGAGAAUGACGUGGCCGGAAAAUCUCGCCAAAUUCAUUACGACGAUGCCGCUAUUGACAGAUUGUUGGGUCGCGACCAAGUUGGAGCUGAAGAGGCCACUUUGAAUGAUGAAGAUGAAAGUGGAUUUCUGAAAGCCUUUAAGGUGGCAAAUUUUGAAUUCAUUGAUAAAGGUGAGGCUUCAGAAGGAAAAAACUUUUGGGAGGAAUUGCUUAAAGAUAAAUACCAAGAGCAAAAAGUUGAAGUGCAAAAUGCCUUGGGUAAAGGGAAGCGAAACCGCACAACUUUACUGGGGGAGAAUUUUGCUCGGCUAGAAGGUGUAGGCUCCUCCGACUACGAGGAUGACGAUUAUGAAGUGGAUCAUACCGACGGUGAUUCAAAUUCAACAAGAACUACUACAUCCAAAAGACCUUCCAAAAAGACAGCUCCUGCAGAUAACACAAAUCCACCGGCUUUAAUGGAAGGCGAAGGAAAAUCACUAAAAGUGAUAGGUUUUACUCAACGUCAGAGAGCUGCUUUCCUUCAGCUUUUAAUGAGGUUUGGGGUCGGCGAUUUUGAUUGGAAGGAUUUUAUUCCCCACAUGAAGCAGAAGACUUGUGAAGAAAUCAACGAGUAUGGAGCCCUUUUCUUGUCUCAUAUUGCUGAAGAUAUAAAUGAUUCCCCUGCAUUCUCAGAUGGUGUUCCAAAAGAAGGACUUCAAAUAGUUGAAGUACUUGUUAGAAUAUCGGUUUUGUCAUUGAUAAGGGAAAAGGUGAAGUUUGCAUCAGAAAAUCCCGGCACUCCACUUUUUUCAGAUGACAUCUUGUCACGAUAUGCAGGCUUGAGAAGUACAAAGAUAUGGAAGGAGGAGCAUGAUUUAGUCUUGCUGCAUGCAGUUUUGAAGCAUGGAUAUGGAAAGUGGCAUGAUAUUGUUGAUGAUAAGGAUCUGAAUAUUCAAAGAGUCAUCUGUCAGGAGUUAAGUACCCCCUUCAUAAAUUUACCAUCGCUAGGACAAGUUGGUUCUCAAGUGAAAAAUGGUGCAAAUAUGACAAAUGUGGAAUCCCCAUCGAACCAGUCUAGGGAGAAUAAUGGUAGUGCCGCAGCAGUUAAUGGAGCACAUGGCUCUUAUGAUGCUAGGAGCCAAGAACCGUUGUAUCAACUCUCCGAUCUAUUAUUGCAAUUUAGAAACAUGCAGAGAAGACAAAUUGAUUUCAUAAGAAAGAGGUUUCCUCUCUUGGAAAAUUGUCUCAAUGAUGAAUACUGCCAGAAAGAAUACUCUGACAAGAUGGAAGCAACGGCGGGGACCUAUCAAGAAACUCGAAAUGAAUCUACUCAAACCCCAACGAUUUAUCAACUGCCUCAAGUUGAAAAAAUAAGUAUGAAUUUGCAUCUCUGA